UUUAGUGUGUGCCACAAGGUUAUUCGUCGCUUAUCAAACACGGAUUAACUCAUAAACAUUGCCACUUCAUUUUUUAUGAAAAUGUAUCCGGUAACCCAUUUAUUAGACCGAUAUUCCACAAAGAAACUGGAUUUUUAAAUACAUCAGACAGUUUUGUAUCAGGUCAAUAUCAGCCGUUCAGUAUGAUACCGAGACUAUGAUUAUAGACGUCCGUGAACCUUACAACUGUUGAUAAGAAUAUCUGACAAAGCGUUUUUUCUUAUCUGUCAUUGACCGAGUUUCGGUGAUCACGCGUCCUCUAUGUUAUCAGUUAAAACGCAUGUAAAAUUCGUGUUUGGUUUGUUUCAUAUGUCUUUCAGUGUCGUUUAACAAAUCACGUUUACAUUCCAGUAUAGCCUGGGGAAACCGUCUUAGUGAGUGCUUUCAGUUGAUAAACGCAUCCACAACAAUUGACGAAAUAUGGAAAGAAUCGCAGCAUACGAUGAACAUUUACACACACAGUGAGAUUUGACGGCAAUGCCGUAUCCCUUACAACAACAGAGUAGUAUUGCCAGUAUAUCGUCGAGUUUGAACUAUCAAUGAUGAUGAUAGAGCCACAACGUGUUUCUUCCGAACGUUGAUUUCCUUCGACGAUGUAGCUAAAUAAAACAUCAUGGCGAAUCUAGCCGAUGUGUUCACUGAGUCGGAAAGAACGAACUGGCUGAAGGCAUUGCUUGCAAUUAAUAUUGCAAAGUCUGGCCUAGAGCAGUUCGCGGAGAACGAGGCUAAAACUCUACACGGCAAUAUAUACAACGCAAUUUUGACAAGUGGCGCAGUCGCGUGUACUGGCUGUCAAACAGCAAACUUGCUGAAAUGCCCUUCGUCGGGGAUAUGCAAAAAACGUGGAGCGCAAGGGCUAUGCACAUCUGUGCAUGACACCGCGUCCAAACAACCGCGACCAUGUCCUGCUAAUGUUUGCAAUAAAGUCCUUAACGAAAUUGCAAAGCAACAUAAAUAUCACAAUCCUUCGUGGAAAAAUACAGUAGCGAUUCACUGGGCAUCAAAUCCAUGGGAAAUUGCCAAGGCUUAUUUUCCUCCAGAAGGUUACGCUGAAAAGGCGUCGGCUCAAGAUACUGACUUCAACGGCAUCAUCAGUUUUUUUAUGAACUGUAAACACUUCGAUAACAAGUUUUCGUUCCCCAUAGCUCCAGGAAAAACACAUCCACCAUGCCUUUUAACAAAGGCGCGAGACAUAGGAAGAACUGUACGUCAUUCGUCUACGUGCAAUGUCACAGACACAGAUCUUCAGGGCAUGUUCAUAACACUGACAAGCCUGUUGACUGACCAAGGUCUAGCAAACGACGUUGCUGCGCAGGAGGCUGUUAGGAAGCUAGCAAAGCUACAAACCGACGUUCUGAAGCUAACAACGGAGGAAAUCAUUAAUUUGUUAGAAUCUGCACGAAAUGAACUGAAGAAAGUAGAACAUAUAACUGAAAAUAUAACUAAAGCUAUGGAUGAGAUGCGUAUUUACAUUGAAAACUGUAGAAAGGAUCUCAAUGCACACACAGACAAAUGUAAGAUGGAACUUGAUGAACACACGGGCAAAUGUAAAGAGCACCUGGAUAAACAUCGUCAAAAGUCUACAGAAACAGACUACACUGAAGCUUGUAAAGAUUUUCGCAGACGGUUGAUGGCACAUUACGAUGACACUUUUAGCAAUAUUCCUCUUUCGAACUUGGAUCAGAGUCUUGAUAAGCGUAUAGUAGAUAUAUACGCAACGCCGAAUAUACACCGAAUUCAAAUUGAAAAAGAUGGAAAACGCAUAAAACAUGAGCAAGUACGGACAUACACAGAUAUAUUUUACACAGAUCGUGAGCCCAAUCGACGUAUAUACCUACAAGGUGAACCCGGCAGCGGAAAAUCUACAUUUUCAGCUAAGUUAGUUCAUGACUGGUCCCAUGGAAUCCAGCUUACGUCGGCAACCCCCAGUAAAAUUACUGCAUUCGAUGACGUUUCAACAAUUCAAAAAUUCAAGUUCCUAUUUUUCGUCACAUUGAGAGAUUCGAAAGAUCAGGCAGAUGUGACGCAGAUGAUAAAGAAGCAACUUAUUGAUACAACAUUUUCCGAAGACGAACGAGCCGAUGUGUACAAACUUUUCGUACAAAUAAUGAACACUGAAAUCUGCUUCGUAAUACGGGAAGGUCUAGAUGAAUGGGUGCCUCCUGAUGGUAGUAACCUAGCUGAACCUUCCAUGGCUGGAUUUCAGAACGACAAGUGCACGGUACUAACGACAUCUCGACCAUGGAAACUUGCUGAUGAACGUAUCAAGAAUUCGCAUAUCGAAAAUCUUUUUGAAAUCAAGGGGAUUAGUGAUCCGUAUGCAUUUAGUGAAAAUAUAAUUCGAUGCCUAAUUGACCACUCGAAAGAUCUUAAAGAAACUGCGAUUAAAUUGCAGUCGUUCGUGGAAGAUCGUGAGCUCGAAUCAUUAUUUUCUUCACCUAUGUUGUACACGCUUGUCAUAUGUACUUGGGUAAACACAUUUGAGGAGGAGGAGGAACAUUUUUUUGAAGAAUCGUCACGGUGUGCACUUUACACUACUCUGCUUGAAAGUCUUUGUAAAAAAGCCAACAGUACGACUGGUUAUUUUAACGAUUCAAACCCGCCACCAGUGCACUGUUUUUCUAGCACAAGUUACCUUCAGCCAAACAUUGAACACUUAGAUAAGCUAGCAGAAGUAGCUUGUAAAUUGCUUUUCUCUUCUGAGAGAGAAUCGUCUAUUGUUUUCAGUGAUAUAACAUUAUCCAACUAUUUUUCUCCGGAUGAGCUCAAAGUUCGCAAGAAGUUUGCUCUCAAGGCAGGGAUAUUAACAAACAGGAAACAUAAAAGUCGAACAGGAAGAUCCAACUCAUUUGUCCACAAAACUGUGCAGGAACUUCUCGCAGCAUAUCAUAUCGCCUGCAAUACAUACGUUAUUGAUGACGUCAGAUCAAGAUACCUUAAACUCAAAAAUACAUCAUAUCUCGAAAUAUCGCAAGUUCUCAUAUUUCUGUGUGGAAUGAACAUCUCUGCUGCGAAUAAAUUGUCGGCUUUGAUGAAUCAAUAUGACCUUAAACAUUGCAAUAGAUAUAAGUACGAUGUUGAAGAUUGUCUGGAUGGGGAUCCCUGUGAGUUUCAGCGUAUCAUUGAGUCUGGAAUCAGUGAGGCAGUAGCCAACAAGCAGGAAGGCAUACUGCUGAAACUUAGUCACUUUUAUAUUGAUGAAAGCAACAUAAGAGAAUUACAUGACAUAUGGCCGACAGACACGUGCAACGUCGAGGUCUUAAUUGUCAGUCUUGACAUGAAUGACUUUCUGAGUUCACCUGCACUUGGCGAGUCUACAACUCAUUUUGAGUUUAACCUGUCAUCGUGCCAAACUUUGAGGAAAUUGUGUCUAUGGGGCAGCGGCAUAUUGCUGAGAGAUACAGCAAGCUCGGUCAGAUCAGAAUUUCCGAUCUGUAUUGUACUUAACAACGCAGAUCCAGCCCAAUGUGCAGACACUCCCCCAAUACUGCCCAGCAUAACAGACAUUUUCUUUAAAAGUGUCACAUGUUCCUCAACCUGUCUACACAGUCUGUUCAGCACGCUGUUGGCACUCAAUCAUUACGUGGAGUGUACGCUAAAGUGUGUCAUAACAUCGUGUGUAGAGGGAUCAGAUAUAUGUACAAAAGCAGUCAUAGGGACGAAUUCAGGCGGUCAAUUUCGCAUGCAUUCUAUAAAGAAUGACAGUCCCGGUCUAUGGGAGGCUCUUCAUGGUCUGAAUAUCACCAGUCUUAGCCUGGAUGGCUAUAAAGAUGAUGGAUUUCGUUUGAAUCAUACAGAACUGUUCUGGAAGUUUCUAUCAUCGCUCACACAUCUGGAAAGUCUUAGUCUUAAGGUUUGUGACAUUCCCAGUCUGUGCAAGGCCCUCCAUGGUAUGAAUAUCGAUUAUCUGAGUCUGAGAUUGAGUGAUAAGUUUCAAGAUUUGGAAGAGAACGAUUUAGAUUUAUUGUCGAAGUCUCUAUUGUCGCUUAUACGGAUGAAAACGCUUAAAAUUAAAACGCCUGGAGAAGACUUUCCCGGUCUGUGGGAGGCUCUCCGUGGUUUGAAUAUCACGAGUCUUAGUCUGAGUAGUUGGGAGACUUACGGUUUGAUUGUGAAUCAUGUAGAGUCGUUGUCGGAGUGUGUAACAUCUCUAAAACAUCUGACAACACUUAGUAUUUCUGUGUGUGGAGACAAUCCCCUACUGUGGGAAGCUCUCCGUGGUCUGAAUAUCAAGAGUCUGAGUCUGAAAUUAACCAGCGGAGAUUUGACAGUGGCUCAUGGAGAGUCUUUAUCGCAGUCUCUUUCAUCUCUCACACAGCUGAAAUCGCUCAGUAUUAAUGCUUUUGGAGACGACACCGGUCUGUGGAAGGCUUUCCGUUUUUUGAAUAUCAAGCAUCUGAGUCUUGAUAUUAGGAAAGUGAAACAUGUAGAGACGUCGUCAAAGUCUCUAUCAUCACUUGCAAAACUGGAAACGCUUAGUAUACGUGUUUCAAGAAAGAGUCCCGGUCUGUUUGAGGCCCUCUGUGGUCUUAAUAUCAAGAGUUUGAGACUGUUUCUAAUGGACCGGGAAAUGUGUUCGGGAGUGAAUCAUGAAGAGUCGUCGUCACAGUAUCUAUUAUCGCUUAACCUGCUGGAAACGCUGAGUAUUGAUGUAGAGUAUGACAUUCCAAAUCUUUGGAAUGCUCUCCAUGGUCUGAAUAUCAAAAGUUUGAGUCUGACGCUAAAUAACCGGGCUGGUCGUGUGAGAGUGAAUCAUGAAGAGUCGUCGUCGCAGAAUCUAGUAUCACUCAACCAGCUGGAAACGCUGACUAUUAAUGUGUAUUAUGGCAUUCCAAAUAUUUGGAAUGCUCUUCAUGGUCUGAAUAUCACGUCUUUGAGUCUGAACGUUAGGAAUGGUUGGACUCAUAUAGAAUCGAUAUCGCAGGCUUUAGUGUCGUUCACAAAGAUGGAAACACUCAGUUUGUCUCCGGACAUCUACGUUCGGUGGGAAGUUCUCCGUGGACUGAAUAUAAAGAGUUUGAGUCUGGAUUUUUGGCAUUUGCCAAGACACAUACUACAUAAACAAACAGUAGAGUUUGUGUCGCAAGUUUAAUCAUCGCUUUCACGGCUGGAAACGCUAAGCAUUAGUGUGGAUGAAGACAGUCCCGGUCUGUGGGAGGCUCUCUUUGGUCUGAAUAUCAAGAGCCUGAGUUUGAGUGGUCGGCGGAGUGGAGUUUUGAUAGUGAAUCAUGUUGAGUCGUUGUCGCAGUGUCUAGCAUCGCUCAAACAGCUUGAAAAAGUUAGUAUAUGUGAUUUAGAAGAGAGACUUGGUUUGUGGGAGGCUCUCUGUGGUUUAAAUAUCAAAACACUUAAUCUGAGUGGCUUUUAUAAGGUGUAUAAUGUUGAGCUGUUGUCGAAUUCUCUAUCAUCGCUCACACAACUUAAGACACUAAGUAUUAUAGUACAAAAAGACACUCCCGGUCUUUGGGAGGCGCUCAGUGGUCUAAAUAUCAAGAGUCUUAUUGUCAGUGAUAAAGUGAAUGGUUUACGAGUAAAACAUUGAUCAAAGGCACUGUCAUCUCUCACACGCGUUGUGUAAGUGCUUCGGUAGACAGUCACGAUCUGCAAGAGUUUCUUCGUGGUCUGAAUAUCAAGAGUCUGUGUCUGGGAAGUAAGUGGAACAAUUUGAGAGUGAAUCGUGAUGAGUCGUUGCUGCAGUCUCUUUGAUCGCUCAUACAGAUGGAAACGCUUACAAUAUAUUUAUAAAUAUGUCGACUAACGGAUAUCUAAAUCAUUGACUUUUUGACUUUUACUGUUAUCAAUUACAUUCAUCGGAAUUGUGAGACCUAUUCAACACGAUGUCUGAAUUCAUUCAGAAAGUUGAAAGUAGGUUGGAAUUCGGUCUUUCUCCUUUCAAUCAAAAUAAGUAUACCCCACUGAAAGAAUACACUGACAUCCAACAGUUACUAGAAAAACGGAAUAUGUGUGAAUAUGUGUGUGCUAAUAAUGACCAUGACAGCGUUGAUAGAAAGGAGUAAAAUGAGUUCUUUCGUAACAUUCAUCUGGACGCCAUCAAACAAAUUUCAAUGUGACUUCAGAAUAUACCAGCUUUGAGCUCAUGAAUCAAUGCAUGCGGCCUUCAUGACGUUGAUGAUAUAAACGCAUGCAUUACGAAUACAGGAAACACUAUAAUAAUAUAAGUCGACGGAUGAAAUUGUUUAUGUCAAACAUUGCAUUACGAAGUAUUAAUAUUUUAUCAGUGUUAAAGUUCAACGUGUUAGGUAUCAUAUCUCUUUUUUGCUAACAUGAUCUAAGUCUGAUUUAUUGUUUGUCUAACAGGCUAGUAAAUGAUAACUAUUUGUGUUAUGUAUUCCACUAAUGAUUUUAAGAAAUACAUUUUAGUAAUAAAUGUAAUACUUACAAAAUCAUCACAGUUCAUUCUUAAAUAGUAAACUGAAAUGACAUCGUAGUCAUUUAUAUAAAUCAAAGAACAAUCUGACUUCACGUUUGCUACUUCAGCACGAGUAAUAUGUUGCAAACACAAAUAUCUUAACAAAAUAAUUCAUUAUUUCUAUAGUUUACUUUUUUGAAUGUUAGUUAAAGAGGAAUCAGACUGCGCGUCAUAUUAGAAUUCAUCAUAUACUACUAUGGGUUUUUUUUUGGCUUUAUAAAAACAGCGUGUUGGGCUCAGUUGUCAUUAUAUAUGCCAAUAUGUGUUACAUAUAGAAUACGAACCGUUGGUUAAGUUUAAAUUCUUCAUUUACUUAUACAUGUUUGUGUUAUUUUGGCUAUAGAAAUCAAACUGCGUGUCAUGUAAGAACUCACCACAUACUAUAAUGUGUUAAUUGACUAUAUGUCAAUCAAACUGCGUUAAAGAACUCAUUAUAUACUAUUAUGUGUUAAAUGGCUAUAUCAAUCACACCGUGUGUCCACUUUGGUAUUUAUAAUAUAUAAGUAUGCUUGUAUUGGCUUUUGAAAUCAAAUCGUAUGUCAUGUUACAAUUCAUUUUAUACUAUCAAACGUUCGUUUGGAUAUAGAAUUAACCGCGUGUCGUGUUAGAAAUCAUCGUACAGCACUAUUUAUCAAUUGUGCUAUAGAAAAAAAAGCGUGUUGUGUUAGAAUUCAUCAUUUCAAACAUGUUCAUUUGGCUAUAGAUAUCAAAUUGCAUGUCACGUAAGACUUCAUCAUAAAGCAUUAUGUGUAAAGUGUGGGGUUUAAAACACUAAAUGCUUUGGAUUGACCAAUCGAGACAAGUGCCCACAGAUCUAUUCACGGUUUUUGCUGGUUGUGUAUGUGAUCGCCUUAUCAAUUACAUGUGUCACAUCGUUCAACAAAUGGCUCUUAGCAAAUUUACAAAUAAGACAUGCUAUAUAUUUCUAUCUGCUGAUGAACACUGUGCUCAUACUAUAAUGAAAUAAAUGUUCUUCUUUCUGAUUUGUAUGAUAAUUACGAUAAAACAAUAAAAUUAAAUUUUG